GGCAUUGCCGACCUCGGGUCUAUUGCAGGUCGUGGCAUCAACACGACCCAGAUCGGAGUUCGUAGCCUCUUCGGCUCAAGAAACGCACCUGACUACAAUCCCUUGGCGCUUGAGCAUGUCUGACUAAUGUAGCUACGUCAUGUGUUGGAUCCGUCUGGGUCUGACAUUUGUUGGCGGAUGCGUCCACUUCUGCUGUGGGUCGCUUCUGAGAGCGCAGCAAAUCCGGCUCGUGUCACGUGGGCCGACAGUUGAGCCUCACAUUUCGGGUCAUAGCAUCCGCAGUUGGAUGGCCUAUCAUCACCCUGUCCGUCAGGGAUGGGAUGAAGCGAUCAACAUGCUGCUAGAUUCGAAUCGUGGCUCUGAAGCCGAGGAGCUUCACUCGCUCAGAAGUCAAGUUGUGAAGAAACUUGUUACCAGAGACCAUUCUCCCGAAGUAGGUAUGUUCGAUAGUGGUAUCGGUGGCCUCAGUGUAUACAAGGAGCUAAAGGAGCAGUUCCCUCACGUCCGUGUAGCUUUUCUAGGAGACCUGGAAGAACCAGGGUACAGCAAGAUAUCAUCACUCCGUGUCGCCGAGCUCUCCCGUGACAUUGUCACAUGGCUUCAGAAAGCCCGCGGCGUUGGUAUGACUUUGGUGACUUGCAAUCUAGCUUCAUAUGCAAUGGGCCAACAUGGGAUUUUUCAGGACGACGCGUUCAAAGAUCAUCCGGUCAUUCCAAUCACUCCCCCUUAUGGUAAUUUUUUCGCAGCGAGGAGCCGUAUCGAUCCGCAGAGAAGAGCUGUAGGCAUUUUUGCAUCGGAUUCUGUAUGUUUGUCUGGGUUUAUACAGGCUUCCAUUCGCACAGCUGAAGGUUUUUACAUAGUUGAAAACGCGGUGGAGUUCGAGGAUCAAGCACGCACAUCAGAUUGUAUCGGUUGCAGCGAGUGCCAUUUGGCUGUCGAUCACAUGCACCCUUGGGAAAAAGGGCCACAGGUACCAGAGGUGGAGGUAAUGCUUCGAAAGAAGUUCAGGAGCUACCUGGGCCCAGAUGGGACGCCCUUGAUCGACUACUUGGUAUUUGGAUGCACUCAUUUUCCUGUUCUGGCAAAAGCAGUCUCUCGAAUAUUCGGCAGCGGGGUCAUGUUUGUAGACCCGGCCGUCUACCAAGUCAGACUUGCAGCGCGUUGGAUUCAAAGUAUGCAGGUAUCAAGUUCAGUUUAUCUUGGGCACAAUCAUUCAGAUGAGUUCUAUGCUGGAAUUGAGCAGGACCGCAAUGGGAAAGUCGAUGUCAUUGAGGCUGUUGUGAAGUCGGUGCUGGACAUCGGAAACUCUUCUGCCCUGCUCCCCAUGAAGGUAGUGCGAGCUUCCUGCGCUGAUCGCAUGGGGCGUUCUGGAAUAUGCCUUGCAUUGAAUGACACGUCCACUCCACAUCCAUGCCUUGGGCAGUCCGUAGCACUUCCUGCGCAGGAUGAGCGUCACUUGCUUUCACUGAGCUUGAAGCGCACUGGAAGAGGUCUGUGUAACAGGAGUGGCUAAUCACACAUGCAAUGUGCAAUUCGUGACCCGACUGCUUCCUGGCACACCUUGAGCACAGCCAUGCCAAGCGCGGGCGAGAGACGCUCAAACGAAAGGGAUGACAUGCUGAUCAGUGAUUUGCCAAUGUGUAAGGGUGUGCGCGGUGCAUUGCACAUCUAUGUUCAGUUGUCGCGCGUUGCAUCCACGCGGAGGGGCGUAAACAAGCCAAGGCAGAACAUUUCCUUGAUCCUCCCCCUCCUCCUUCUCCCUCCUCCUCCUCAUCCUCCUCCUCCUCCUCCUCCUCCUCUGUCGAGCGCAGAAGUUUGACGCCUGCGAUGCUGAAGCGCUUGCUGGCGGGUGCUCACCUGCGAGGGAAGGGGAAUGUGCCUCGAUAGGCCCAGGGCCAGACCGAUGCCAGCAUGUAGUAGGUGUCGCGCAGUUGACGAUGUGUUGGGCUCGGUUCACGGUGCCUUGUCUUGUCCUCCUGUCCUUGUCCCCCAAGCGGCGUCGCCGGCGCAGGCUCAGAAGGCCCCUCCUCCCUACGAGGAGCGCGGCAUCAAGUGCGCCCGGCCUCUCCUGUCGCCAUGGGAUGCGCGGCGCCGCAUAGCAGGC